GAGAAUCCAAAAUCAGAAAUUCAUAUAAAUACAAAAACUCAACAAGCUAAAACAGAAAACUCAGAGAAGAAGAAGAAAAAAAAAUGGCAAAAGCACGUUCAAUAGGAAUAGGUAUGGAUUAUUCAGCAACAAGCAAAAUUGCACUGAAAUGGGCAAUUGAUAAUUUAAUAGAAGAAGGUGAUAAAAUCAUAAUUAUUCAUGUUGUUUCUUCUAAACUUGACCCUACUAAUAAGCAGCUUUUUGAGGACACUGGAUCUCCUUUAAUACCUUUGGAUGAAUUUAGAGAGAUUAAUGUGUCUAAGUAUUAUGGACUUAACCCUGAUAGAGAGGUUCUUGAUAUGCUUGACACUGUUUCCAAGCUUAAGAAAGUAAUAGUGGUAGCAAAGGUAUAUUGGGGAGAUGCAAGGGAGAAGCUUUGUGAUGCUGCAGAACAUCUCAAGCUUGAUUCACUUGUAGUUGGAAGCAGAGGUUUAGGUGUCCUUAAAAGGGUGUUACUUGGAAGUGUGAGCAACCACGUGGUGCAAAAUGCAACGUGUCCUGUCACAGUUGUUAAGGCCAGCCCUCCAAAGUAAAAACCCUAUAAAAAUGUUUUAUUGUAAAAAUAAAUUUAAAGAAAAAAAAAAAAAGGCCUUUUUGCUUAUUUUUGGAUAACUUUUCUUGUGCCCGUUUUGUACUUUUAUCUUUUUUUGGUUUUCUGUAUAUAUAUUUUUGGAUUUUCUUAUCAGGUUCAAUGGUAUGAGUUGGCUUUUGUUUGAGUGUGUUGUAUGAGAGACAAUUGUGGGGUUGUGUUAUAUUUCGAGUUUAUCAUCUUAUAUUAUUUUUGUUGGUUU